AUGCGCGACAGAUCGACGCCGCCGCCAACCCCGAUGGUCCCGCCGCGGAACAAGCCGAGUGUCCUGGACGAGUCUAACAUUGCCCCACCGAGACUGGAUCAGGUGUCGGACGCAUGCGAGGUCGAGGCUGAGGCUGAGGCUGAGGCUGAGGCUGAGCCGGAGCCGGAGCCGGAGGCCUCGGCCGAGUCCGAGGCCGAUGCCAAAGUCCGCAUGCUGGCUGAAGAGCUCAAGGCUGCGCAUGCGCGUGCGCUUGAGGAUCGUGAGCUGAUUCACACCUCGCAAGCUGGGUACAAGGCCCAUGUCGAGCUCCUGGAGGACCGCGUGGAGGCGCUUGAGGCCGAGCUUGCCGCAGAGCGGCAAGAUCGCAAGGCCGCAGACGCUGCCAAGGCCGUCAAUGUCAAGCGCAUUGCAGAUUUGCAGGCCGAGCUCGGUAAGGCCAAGCGGAAUCAAGCCAAGCUCGUGGCUGCGCUCGACAAGACCCGGUCCAAGCUUGCCGCCGCUCUUGCCGACGCCGACUCGCAACGCUCGGCACUCACCCAGCAGCUUGACGCCGCCCACGGCAAGCUGGCCAACACCGAGCUUCUGCUCCAGGCCCGCGACCGCCAGCUUGUCCAAUCCCGCGCUGCCUUCAACCUCCGUGUCGGUGAGCUGGAGGAUCUUGCCCAUCACGCCACCGCCCGUCUCCGGUCGUCGCAAGCCCUCACCGAUCCGGCCGCCUACAUCCCACGCCACGCUCACGACGCGCUCCGAGCCAAGCUAGACAAAGCGCGGGCCGAGAUCCGCGACCUCAAGCGGGCCCUUGCCCGGGCCCAUCAUCCGCCGGUGGCCGCCAUCGACUUUGUGGCUUCAGGCACACCCUCUUAUCUCUCUCAUCCGGCCACAAGCCACGAUGACGACACUUCUGUCGACCACUCUCGAUCUCUCCACCAGCGCCGCCCUCCGUCGGCCUCACCAGAGCAUCCCAAGCUGUUCAAGGUCACCGCCAACCUCACAUCGUACGAAACUGACCGCCAGGCCUACGCGUAA